UUCAAGUACUUCGACGUCGACUUGGACGGCGUCAUCACGAGGGCGGAUUUACGAAAGGCGAUUCUGAGGCUCAACGUGGACCCCACCGACGACGCGUUCGAGGCGCUGUGCGCGAAGUACGACCCCACGAACAGCGGAUUCGUGGACUACGCCACGCUCGCGCACGAGAUCGUGAAGGACAGCGCGCAGUCGAGGUCGUUGCGGGCGAUGUUCAAGUAUCUCGACACGGACGGCAACGGGAAGGUGUCGCACGCGGAGUUCGCGAAAGGGCUGCACCGCAUGAACAUCCACCCGCGGCACGAGGAUAUGGUGAAGAUCCUGAAGCACUACGACGCGAACGAAGACGGCGAGAUUGACUUUGAGGGGUUUUUCAAGACGCUCAUCCCGGAGCAAGACAACGCCGGAUUCGUCGACGGGAACUGGCAGUGGGACGCGUACCACGACCCGAAACCGGCGAACAUCGUCCCGACGUCGCACAUGCUGUACGGUAACGGCCUGGAGAAGAUGCUCAUGGAGAAGAUCGAGCAGCUCAUGGACGGCAAGGGGAGCAUGAUCAAGGUGUUCCGCGAGUUGGAUUGGGACAGGAGCGGCACCGUGGACCCGAGAGAGUUUCGCGCGUGGUUGAACCGUCUGAACUUUCACCCGGACGACGAGACGUUCGAGAGGACGUGGAAGUCGUUCGAUCCCGAGGGGAAAGGGCACCUCGUGUACCAGGACUUCGUCAGUCGCGUCGUGCCGAAGACGAAGUUCGGUGGUCUCGAGUGACGUGAGAGUGAACGAAGCGCAUACUGUAAUGUAAUGUAAUCUCGACGUACGAAUGUACUUUAAA